AUGUCAGGAAGCGCAGGUUACGAUAGACACAUUACCAUAUUUUCGGAUCAAGGCCGGUUGUAUCAAGUCGAAUAUGCGUUCAAAGCUAUCACCGCUGCCAAUAUCACAUCGCUAGGGAUCAAGGGGAAGGACUGCGCCGUUGUACUAUCGCAGAAGAAAGUCCCAGACAAGCUGAUCGAGCCUUCAUCCGUCACCCAUAUCUUUCAACUCUCACCAUCGGUUGGAUGUGUCAUGACCGGGUCGAUAGCGGACGCUAGAGCAUCAGUAACUAGAGCCCAGAGCGAAGCAGCUGAGUUUCGAUACAAAUUUGGAUAUGAGAUGCCAUGUGAUGUGCUUGCCAAACGACUAGCGAAUAUCAAUCAAGUCUACACUCAAAGAGCCUACAUGCGACCACUGGGUGUUGCGAUAACCCUCGUGUCCGUUGAUUCGGAGUUGGGCCCACAACUAUACAAGUGCGACCCUGCAGGAUACUACGUGGGAUAUCGAGCCACUGCUUCCGGCCCCAAACAGCAGGAUAUCCUCAACCAUUUGGAGAAGAAGCUUAAGAACAAAGAGCAUGCGGAGGGAUCGUGGGAGGACGUGGUUGAGCUCGCCAUAUCGACGUUAAGCACUGUUCUAAGUGUAGACUUCAAGAAGAACGAAAUAGAAGUGGGUAUCGUUGGUGGGCCUCGAGCUGAUGGCAAGGAAGGGACGCAGACAGAGUUCCGCUCCCUUACAGAGGAGGAGAUCGAUGAACGGCUACAGGCAAUUAGCGAGAAAGAUUGA